AUGCUUCAAAGAUUAUUUCGAAGAUUUGGUAAUGAAAACAAUACUGGUGGAGAUAAUGAUCAUCAGAAACCAGUUGUUGGAGGUGAUAACCUGACUGAAUUGUCAGAUUAUCUAUUGUUUAGUAAUAUUGCUAACCAAGAUAUAUUGGAUGAUAUCGAUCGUAUCUGUUUGGUGAUGACUUGUAAAAAGUUGUGGGAAAAGAAAGGAAUGCUGGUCUUUCAAAAGAUUCAUUGUCAAAGAGGUGAUACAAUCCCUUUAUGCUAUCUACACUCAUUCUCCAACCUACAAACACAAUCAAAACAAUCAAAUACUAUAUUUACAAUCACUCAACCAAACAACUUUACUGAUCUUGUUGAUCAAUUAGCAACCAUCAAUAAUAAUAACCAAAAUAAUAAUAAUAAUGAUAAUCAAAAUAAUAUUGAUAAUAAUAUAAAUAUAAAAUUAAUAGCAAAUAUAAAAUCAAUAGUAAAUUACCCCGAUAAUUAUAAAUUACCAUCAACCAUCAAACAAGUCGAUUAUCUACAAGUCAUCUAUUACCCUUCACUAUUGGAUAUUCUACCGCUGGAAUUGACAAGUUUAACCAUUUCAUUCGACUUUGGUUUUGAAAUUGACAAUCUAUUCACAAAGUUGGUUCAUUUGGAGACGUUAAGAUUGGUCGGUCGAUUUAAUAGGGAGAUCAAACCCGGUCACCUACCAAACUCUAUUCGUACACUUCAACUUGGCGACGCUUUCAACAAGCCAUUGGUACAAGACUCUUUGCCGAGCAACAUUGAACACUUGUCUAUUGGUGCAAGCUAUCAGGUCAAGGGAUUGAUGGAGAUUCUACCGUCGACAAUCAAAUCUCUGACGUAUGGUGUAUACAACUACAUGGAAAUCACACCAAACUCGCUUCCAAACGGAAUAGAGUCGCUUAGCAUGUCUGCUACGAUUGGUUUGGACAAUAGAUGGGAGGAUUUUAACUUUCCACCAACCAUUCGACACCUUUUCAUUGACUGUUAUCAUCACGACAAUCGUCCAAAUUUAAAGACUCUUCCUCGAGGUAUUAUCGAUCUCGAGUUGGGUCCAUUGAUCGAUGUAGAGAUACCAGAGGGUGCAUUACCACCCAAUCUCUUGCGGUUAAAGCUCGGUGCUUGUUUCCGUCAAACACUCCAACCACGUUCUCUACCCUCUCAACUCACACAUCUUGUCAUUGGCGACCUGUUUGAUUGUCCAAUCAACCCAGGUGUACUACCCGACACCAUAAUCAGUUUGACACUACCAGCAUCAUAUAAAAUGAAAAUCAGUAUUGAUGCGCUUCCAUCGGGCAUUGAAUUGAUCCAAUUCCUACCACCAGUCAAAAAGAAUGAAUAUAUCGAUGAAAAGAAAGCAAUUCUUCGAUCCCUGUCCAGGCCAUUUUCCGAAUUCCAAGCACUCUUUGGUACCACCACGGAUUCCGAUCAACUCAAAUCACUCGCUGAAAAGUGUCCAAACCUUUCGGUUUGUGUAUGGACCGUCUACAGAUUGGCAACAUGGCACCGCUAUUUCAGUGUCACCAUGCCAAUUAAAAACUUUGCAACAGUCUCAUUUGACUCGAAUAAUACAAUCAAUUUGAAUAAUUUAAAGUUGUUCCGAAUGAUUGAACUACAACGACACCAAAUCAUCCAAACCAACAAUGUAAAGUAUUUCCAACUCUUUAUUAGACUGAUUGGUAGCAACAGUCUCUUAUUCUACAACAACACACAACUCUAUAAUGGUAUUAUCAAUGUUAAACAAUUCAAUAAUAGUUCACAUGGUCGUGAACUAGAUAAACUAUUAUCCAUUAUUGUUAAUCUAAUGUCAGAUGAUUAUUGUUGGAAUCCUCUAUUUCAAAGCAAUUUGCUCUUACCAAAAGAGAAAAAGAAGAAGGAUGGUGAACAAAAUUAA